UUUUUCCACAUCAAAUGUGAACAAGUAGUGAAUUCCAACAUCUAAACAAUGGCAAUGGCAUUGUGUAAUGGUAAGCUUUUAGCAACAAUUACUUAGAGAGUAAACACCCAAGUUGCACAAAAAUGCCUUUAAAAGUAAGCCAUUCCUAACAUAUAUCACAUUACUACUCUGCAAAAACACCUCCUUAAAACUAGCAGUUUUAAUCAACAAAACUGUUUAUUGCGCACAUUUGGAGGCUAAAUCAAGUAUAUAAUUAUCGGAUUGCAUUAUCGGUUGAAUUUCGUUUUAUCUGGAUUAUCUGUGUGACGUCAUAAAUGCCAUUAUCGGCCAAUAAUUAUCGGUGACCGAUAUUAUCGUCUAAUUUAUUAUAAUAAUUACUUUGAAUCCUCGACCAAAUCACUCUUGAGUCACUUCUGACUGCUUGUAAGCAGUAAAACCUUCGUCGUAUUUCUCCCAAAAUCAGGCGUUAGAACGCAGCAUGUGUUUGAAUUUAUCACAGUGAAAGCCAACUCAACGUUCUGCCUGGGUCAGCCACCUACGGGAAGGUGUGGCGGUGUGGUCAACUGAUGGUGGAGUCUGUGUAUUCCAUUUUUUUCAACUGCUAGCACUCUAUCUAAUAAGAUGAAAACUGGUUUGCUUAGUGGAAUAUUGACUCUCACUGGGUAUGACGAAGUACAACAGACCUAAGCCGUUUCGGACCUGGACGCUGAGAGCAAGCUGACGUGUCACUUCCGGGCUCCGUGGCAGAAACACCGGAACCACCUGCGCCCGGCCACGCGGCCGCCAUGCGUCCAGGACCUGCACAGGGACGCCCACCUUUGGGAACUUCACGCAGUGGGUCAAAGGCGGGAGCGCCGCAUCAGCAUCUCCAUCUCAGCCUUGCCGCCCAUGCCCUUGUAUCCGUCGACGCCCGUCACCUCCAGGAAAGCCAGGAAGGGGGCGCAAUUCACACCGUUCCAAAGCUCCCGUCCGCCCUCCCCCACCGAAUGUUGCCACUUCUCCCCCUGGAACAGAAAGACGGCGUCCUGUGACCUUGACUCGUCGCUGUCGCCUGGUCAGCGCUCCAAACUGUUCCCCGUCCCCAACACGCCCAGCACCUUGGACAAGCAGACCAACUGGUCCCGAGCGCUGCCUCUACCGACGCCCGAGGAGAGAAUGAAAUGCGACUCGCGGGUGGUCGCCUCAUGUGUCAUCCCCAUUAACGUGACCGGCGUGGGCUUCGACAGAGACGCCAGUGUACGCUGCUCGCUGGUCCACUCGCAGUCCCUGCUCCAGCGCCGUAGAAGGUUGAGAAGACGCCGGACGGUGGCCGGCGUUCCCAGGCAACUGCGCGACCUCGCCUUAGACUCCGACGGCUCCCCCGGCGAACGCAGCGUCAUCGUCCACGCCAGCUUGGACGACAGCCCAUCCAACGAGGACCUGGCGAGUCACCUCGUCACCAGAGACUCUGGCUGCCAGACCGAGGACUUCCUGAUCCCGGGGGCGCCUUCCCGCAGGAGGAUCCGCGCCCAGCGCGGCCACCAGGGGGCGGCGCUUUGCCUCUCCCGUUCGGCGGGCGACAUCGCCGACCUACUGGACGCGCCCGACGACGACUUCGCCGCCCAACUGCGGACGCGUAGCCUACCCCGAAACGGGAGCCGGGCCGGGAUGGACGAGGACGAAGCGGAGCUAGAGGAGUCUGCGUCGAAAGACGAGGACGAAAGCGGGGACGCCGGACGGCGGUCGGCGACGCCCGAGCGGGGAUGGGCGGAGAGGGCCCGGGCGCAGCUCCCGCGCUUGGCCGACAUGGGCAGCUGCGACAUGUCGUCCAGCUCCGACACCUUCGGCAGCCCCGUACACUCGGUGUCGGCUGCAGGAGUUCUGGGGGGCCCCGCGGACCACAAGGACGAGCACCAGUCCUCUAGCGGGAACUGGAGCGGCAGCAGCUCCGCUUGCCCCUCGCAGACCUCGGAAACCCUCGCCCCGGGGACCUCGCCGCUUGCCCGCUGCGACUCGGAGCUUUCCUUGAACGCCACCACCAAUGACCACUUCGCGACGGAUCCCUACGCCAAUGGGUUGAGGACCCAGAGGGCGGGCUCCUUUUCUUCAGCGGCUAUGGACAUUUUAGAAGAAGCAGGGGCUCCCGGGGAGAGCGAGUGGAGCUACUCGCGCCCGAACCGACCUCAGGACUUCAGCCCUGAGCCCGGCAGGGAGGCAGAGAGCAGUCUGGGCUGCCCCAGUUUCGCCAGCAUGGCCACCUGCGAUAGCACCUUCUCCGACAAGCCGCCCUCGGAGAAAGCCGACACGGUCUCGCACUACUCCGAGGACACGGAAGGUUACUACACCUCCAUGCACUUUGACUGCGGGCUGAAAGGCAGCAGGAGCUUCACGUACAUCUACUCGGACCACGUGACGCUUGGGCGCCGCUGCCUGUCUUUGAGGAAACCUAAAGCCAAACCGCACCCGCCCAGGCGCAGCUCUUCGCUAAGGACCAUACACUGCGAGGACGGUGGCCCCGAGGAUGCCGGGGUUCCCCCGUCUAAGGAGAAAAACCUGCGCUUGCUUUUUUCCGGCUCGUCGGGUCACGUCGCCAAAGAGCCGCCCCCAGCCUGGGGGCCGGAGGGAUCUUUUGGGCCAGCCGCGGACGCACGUUCCUUCAAGGGCGAGGGCGCCGUCCAGGCCGAUUACGCCGACUUGUGGCUCCUAAACGACUUGAGGUCCGGCGAUCCGUACCGGUCUUUGUCUAACUCCAGCACGGCCACCGGAACCACAGUGGUGGAGUGCGUCAGGUCGCAGGACGGCUCCGAGUCGCAGGCCUCUCGGUCGGGGUCCGGGGCCACCACGCCUUCGCUGACGCCCGCCGAAGGCGACUUGAAGCUGGCCGGUUUGGCCAGUCCCUCUAGCGGCUACUCCAGCCAAUCCGAGACCCCGACUUCCGCAUUCCCCGCCGCCUUCUUCCCCGGCCCGCUGUCGCCUCGCGGCGCCAAGCGGAAACCCAAAGUACCGGAGAGGAAGUCAUCACUCGCCUCCAAGUCGGAACCCGAAUCACUCGUCAUCCCGGAGUUAAGUGUCUUUAACUGCGUCCUUGACAACCGGACACCGAAUGGACCUUCUCUGACCGUCACCCCCGCCGCGCUUCACGCGGUCCAGCUGCGAUCCAUCCGCAAGGAACCCGACCCGAGUCCUGACUGCCCCAUUGACGUUUUUGACAACCCGACAUCAUUAGAAACGAAGAGUCGACCCUCGGAUGAAUUCCAACCGGCAUUUUCUUCCGACGAGGAGCUCGUCAACGGUGAGACGACGUCGCCGCCUCUGGACGAGGAAGAAGGCGAGUCGUCUCUCUCGCCGCCCGACGAAGAUCUCUACCCCUCGACGCCAAGUCCAACUGAUCGUCGGGACCAAACGCCCGCCGUAAGUCCGGGAAGCGAUGAAGAAAACCGAGCGUGCGAGUCGGAGAUGGAACUGAUGGCUAAAGAGGAAGAACCGCCUGCCGUUGAGAACCUCAGCAAAGAUUCAGAAAUGGAGACCUCGCGGCUGAACGAGUCGCAAGUGGAUGACGACGCCGUUUUUGUGUCGCCCACUAGAAGUCGCACCACGGACGACCUCUUCGCCGCCAUCCACAGGUCGAAGAGGAAAGUGUUGGGCAGGAAGGAUUCUGGCGAACUUUCAGCGAGGAACGGCCCCUCGUCUCUCAGCGGCGCAUCGCCGCCGGCCCGCUCCCCAGCUCCCGCCGUGUCACCUCUAACGCCGUCGCCAUCGGGCCCGCAGAGGGUCCCGGGCCCCAUCUACCGGAACGCCAAAAAGUCCAGUACCUCCAACGAGGAGUUCAAGCUUCUCCUGCUCAAGAAGGGAAGUCGCUCCGAGUCGAGCUACCGUAUGUCGGCCACAGAGAUCCUCAAGAGCCCCGUCGCACCCAGGGGCCACUCGGCGGGGGACGAGGAGGCGGCGGAAAACAACGAGGACGCCGAGGUGUUUUCGCCCAGGAACUUCGCAUCGCCUCAAACUAGGUUGGGCCGCACUAGGAUUCCACCACCCGCCAAUAGCAGCCGCUACGCCGCACGCGCCCGCUUUUACUCUGCGCCAAUGCAGGCCAUCUCCGAGGGAGAGGCGGAGAACUCAGACGGGAGCCCCCACGACGACGACGUACCCCCGCGUCCGCGAUUUGCCUGACCCGCUCACGGGAACCCACUUCCGUGACACUUUCCGAGCACAAAACGCAAAGCAUUCAUUUAUCAAGGAAACAACAGGAAAAAAUCAUGCAUUCAAAUAUUUGAACCCUUUAUAUGGCAAGUGACUACGGAAGCGUAUUGCUGCCACUCAAUAGAAAAUAAGUCCAGUAUCAUGUUUUUACAUCAUAGUUAUCACGGUUUUACAUGAUAAUAUCAAGUAACACGUUUUUAUAUAUUAUCAUCUAAUAACGUGAUAAAUAUCAUGUAAAAACAUGAUCAUUAACAUGUAAAAUCGUAAAAAACUAUGAUGUAAACUGAUGAUUAUCAUGUAAAGAUGUGACACUAUCCUGUAAAAACGUGAUAAUUAACAUGUAAUCAUGAAAAACAUGAUAAUUGGCAUGUAAAAACAUGAUAAUUGGCAUGUAAAAACGUGAUCAUUCUGUGUUCAAACGUGAUAAUUUUCAUGUAAAAACGCAAUACUAUCAUGUGAAAACAUGGAACAUAAUUUUGUAAAAACGCGACAUAGGAAAACGUGACAUUUAUUUCAAAACGAGAUAAUUAACAUGUAUAAACAAAGAUUAUCAUUUAAAAACGAUAACAUGUAAAAAGGUACUCAUGAAAAACGUGAUAAUUAUCAUGUAAAAACAAAGAUUAUCAUUUAAGAACGAUAACAUGUAAAAUGGUACUCAUGAAAAACGUGAUCAUUGUCAUGUAAAAACGUGAAAACUAGUAAGAACGUGGUAAUUAUGUAAAAUGAUUAUUUUCAUGUAAAAACAGUGAUAUUAGGUAAAAACAAUUAUCAUUAAAAAGUUGAUACUAUCCUGUAAAAACAUGAAAACAGGAAAAUUUUGAAAAAACGUUAUAAUUUACAUGUAAAAAUGUGAUAACUGUAUUUUAAAAACAUAAUUAUCAGGUAAAAACGUGAUAAUUAUCAUUUAAAAAUGUGAUAAUUCAUGUAAAAACGUGAAAACCCAUUUAAAAAGGUGAUAAUUAUCUUGUACAAACGUUAUAAUUCAUGUAAAAACGGGAUAAUGAUCAUUUUAAAACAUGAUCAUUACCAUGUCAAAACGUGAAAACUACUAAGAACGUGGUAAUUGUCAUGUAAAAAUGUGAUAACCAUCAGGUAAAAACAUAUUUAAAAAAUGAUACUAUCCUGUAAAAACAUGAAAACUAAUGUAAGACCAGGAAAAUUGUGUAAAAACGUUAUCAUUUACAUGUAAAUACAUGAUAACUAUAUUGUAAAAACGUGGUAGUUAUCAGGUAAAACCGUGAAAACAUCUAUAAACGUGAUAAUUAUCAUUUAAAAACACGAGAACAAGUAAAAAUGUCAUAAUUAUCAUCUGAAAACAUGAUAAUUCAUGUAAAAAUGAUAAUUAUCAUUUGAAAACAUGAUAAUUAACAUGUAACGUGAUAACUAGUUAGAACGUGACAAUGCUCAUGUAGAAAUGUGAUUAUUUUCAUGUGAAACUUAAUAACCAUCGGGUAAAAACAAUUAUUAAAAAUUUGAUACUAUCCUGUAAAAACACAAAUACUCAUGUAAGAACAUUUUGUAAAAACAUGAUAAUUUACACGUAAAAAGUAGUAAUUAUCACGUAAAAAUGUGAAACCAUCUAAAAACGUGCUAAUUAUGUAAAAGCAUUCAAACUGUCAUGUAAGAACGUGAUAAUUACCAUGCAAAAUUGUGGAAACAUUGACGCACUGUCUGCAGAAGGGAUGACAAUUCAAACAAUUUUUAUUUCAAAGGUUGAGGUAUUCUACAGUUAUUAAGCACCGUGGACGUUGUUAGAAUAAGUAAGCGGAAUUUAAAGUGUUUGCAAUGGGUUUUAAAGUUAAUUAACAUUUUAGAUAAUAGUCUUUAGAUUUUUACAUGAUAUUUAUCACGUUUUUAACACAGUUUUCACGUUUUGAGUCCUGUACACCGCAGUAUUAACCCUUUAUAGGACAGGUAACAAUUUUUAGCCAUUAGAGCUGGACGUUUUCAAUAACAAACAGAAAAUGAAUAAUAAGCAAAAUUAUUUUUACAGAUUUUUUACUUUUAAAUUUUCCAGCAAAUAGUCAUAGUAUUUCAACGGUGGGGAAAAGUCAGAUUUUUAAAGUAUUUGUCUCUUAAAAACUCGUACAAAAAAAAGAACAAUUUUGAAAUGUAACGGAUAUUUUUCACAAUAAAAAUAUGAUAUUUUUGAACUACAACUUUUAACUACAACAAAUAAGUUACGUCUCAACAAUUAAAAUUGAAUCUAUUUUUAACUGAUCAAAAAAUGGACGUGUAUAUUUUUUCACCCAAAAAUUUCCAGAAUUUAAAAAAUGUUUUUUUUUGUUUUUCAGAAAAAUGAACUUUUCUGACAUAAUCACGCAGAAAGAAAAAUGGAUUCCUUCCGAAAUUAGGGUGAACAUGGAUGGAUGCUUAUGACGGAUUUAGUCAUUUAUUCAGCGGUUUAGCGUUGUUAUGCUAAAAUCUUUGGCUGCCAUUGACGGCAGUAGACAACCAAUCCAUUUUUUACUCCCAGUUGAACGGGAUUGGAAGUCUAUUGCCGUCAGUGGCUGUUUACAAUGGUCAUUUCUUUUACAAACUACCAGACGGGGGGGGUAGCAAGACACCCUAGCACCACUGCUGUCUAAAAAUGCUCCCAGAUUCACAGAAAAUGAACCAAAAAAAUCCCCAAAAUGAAUAAGAAGUGAGCUAUACAUUAGCCAAACUCAACAGGAAGUGACCCAUAAAUAUUUCCAAAUAAAACAUGACCUGUACAUUAGCCAAAUUGACUAGGAAGUGACCCAUAAAUACCCCAAAAUAAACAGUAAGCGACCUGAAAAUGCCCGAAAAUCAAAAGACAUGGCCAACAUACAUUGGAAGUUUCCCAGAAAUGCCCCAAAACCAAGGGUGUAGGUUUGGUUUCAACAUUGGUAGGGUUGCUAGAACAGCAUAACAUGCACGUACACUUUUUGCUGGGGACGGGACAUUAAUAAGACCAAACAAACUGGGUACAUUUCUCAAAAAUAGCUGGUUCCUACGUAAAAAUGAAGAAAAUUACAAUAAUUUUCAUGGGAGAAAGUCAUUUUUCGAUUUUUCCUUCAUAUGAAGGAAAUUUACGGUGGUUGUGUUUGUUUUUUCUUUGUUUUUUUUGGGGGGUGGGGGUUAAAAAUGUGCAUAGGCUGCAAAUAAAAAUAUUUUUUAAAUGAUGUAGAAAAUACAUUUUAAUUAGGGACUAAAUGCACAAAAUGCACAGUUGAAUUAACGUUAACACACGUCUCUAAGCAGCUUUCUACUCGAGUUUUACAGGUUAGCAAGUUCACACAGUUUAAUGUUAUGCUAACUCGGAUGCAGGUCGGACUUUCAGUAGCAAAAUUAGUGCUGUGUUCCCCACCUCCACAACAUUGGUGUCUUUUUACCUUACUUACUGUGGCUGCUUCUGCUCGCCAAAAAAACAACUUUUAAUAUCCCUCCUCUUCAAAGUGGGCAGUGGAGGCGGCAUGUUGACAUGUAUUUCUGUCGGGAUUGUGUUAAUGUGGGGGUUCUAGUCAUCAGCGAAUCAAAUGUGCGUUUGAGGGGGACAAAAAUGGACCGGCACAUUCAGCAAGUGAAAAGGGGUAAAUGUAAGUCUGAACAUAAUUACAUAAGUAAUUCACUUAAUAAUGGUAGGGUCAAUUCUAUCCUUACAACAUAUGGGAAGACAAUCUAAAUUACCUAUAAAACUGAACUCAUUAUGUAAUGCUAAAAAGGUUGCUUAAAAGUUGGUGGGUAGUUAAUUAGUAGUUAAUUGGUGGUAGUUAGUUCGAAUAAUCGAGUUAUCGGAUAAGGAACACUGUAAAAUUAAAAUACCUGAGCUGAGCCAAAAAUUGUAUAAAAAUAGAUAAAAAAGGAUCUAUGUACAACAAAAGAACAAUUGGCUAACUUGCAUAGCAAAAGUCUGCUAGCUUAAAUGCUAUAAAACGCUAACAUUUUUUUUUUUACAAUGCUCCUAACAAUUGGUUCAGACACAUAUUCCCACAAAAAACGGCUAAAUGUACCUAUAAACUAAAUUACAAAUGCAUUAAAAAACAUGAGCAAAAACUUAGCUGACGUUGGUCUGAACAGGGAGCAGUUGGAUUUGAAAUGAGGCAGAGCAGAGGGUAGUGUAUCCACUCUAAUCAGUAAAACAAAAUGCAAACACUUUCAAAAUAAACCAUUACAACCCCACUUUAAUUAAUCGAAUACUCGAAGUAACAAAAUUUAAUUAGAAUAUUAUUUUCUCAUCAAAUACUCGAAUUAAUCAAUUAAUCGUUGCAGCACUAAAAGGAAUUUAACUUAAAUUAACAGGUAGUGAUAUGAAAUGACCUAGGAAUGCCGUAAAACCAAUAGGAAGUGGCAACAAGAUACCCUAGCGACGCAGCUGCUAUGUAUGACGACACAUAUACUUAAUGACGUAAUGACAUAUGUCAUAAGCAUCCAUUCAUAUUCAUGACAGGUGUCAUAACAUGAUUAUAACACUGUCAUAAGAAAUUGCAACCAAAAACAACUCUUUUUCAUCUCAACAACAAUUUGUUUCUCAUCUUUUUACAAUUUUCAUCGCACAGUUUAGCAGCGAGAAGAAAGUUCCGGUAAGUGUGCAGGCGAAGAGGAAGUCGUUUACAAAAAAAUAAAAAGACACGACGGAAGCGUUGGAAUGACGCUUUGAAGGUCGAAUCGAACGUGUUGUUUUUUUUUGGGUUUGGUUGACUUGGGUGUGUUUGCUUGGAAACGUUGAAGAGUUAACGCAUGUCGGACGCUGUUUGGUGAAGCCCCGCCCCUUUUCACGUGCAUGCAAUCUAAUCAAAGAGUCUAUUUUAUGCAGAUUUAUUGUUUUAUAAGACGACACAUAGCAAUAAUAGUCACAAAGGCACAAUAACUUGAUCCUGAACUCUCCGCUAGGCCUUAAACUAUCCUUUUUUUUUUUUGUAAAAUUUUAUUGUAAAUACACGUUAUUGUAGCAAAGAUGCUAACAGGGUACACAAAGGAUUUUGUCAUUCCAACUUUUGUUUUUUAGCACUGAUAAGUGAUUUUUUUGUGUGUGUGUGUUUUCAUCUUUGCUGUACUUCCUGACAACAACACGGAGGGAUUUGGACUACACCGCCACCUUGUGGUCGUAUUUAGUUUUUGUACAAACGUGUAAAUGGAAUGAGCAUUGAAUUGUGUACAAAAAUGUGUUUACAUGGACUUAAAAGUGUUGUACAUUUCUGAGCUGAGGAGAAAAAUAAAUUGUCUUGUAUUUAUUUUGUUAGGAAACUACAUUGGUGGAGUGCAAAUGUGGGAAAAUAAACGGACUGCUUUGAAAAAUGAUGCUGGUUUCUUUGUAAUGGGAGUUAAAUGAGCGUGGGAUUGUCUAUGGAGGUAGAUUUGUGUCUUUAUUACUCGAUCAACUCGAUCAAAAAAAAAAAAAAAAAAAAAGUCGCUUCAAUCAAAAUGUUUUCAACCAAAAAAAAGUCAAUUAAAAAAAAAGUGAAUGCAAAAAUUUGAAACUCAAAAACGUCUGACCAAUAGCGCGAAGUGAACAUUUGUGUCAAAAAGAUUUUUUUUAAAAAGUGCAUUCAACACUUUUUCCUCUUCAAUCAAAAAAGUUCAAAACUUUUUGCACUAAAAAAAUAAAAAGUGACACUUCAGUAAAAAAAAAUAUCCUACCCAUAAUGUCCCAUAAUUACCCACAAAUGUCCUAGCCAAAAUGUGACCCAAACGC